AUUCUGCAGUGAACAAUGAUGAAAUCUGAGAUCGUCUCCGUCCUGAACGGAAUCAGAACAACAGUCUGGGGUCUUAUCUCCUCCCCUUCCGCCCCUGUGCUCCCCAUAAAAACCCCCAAGUACAUGAAGCUGCUCACAUUCCUCUGCGAGAACAUUUCUGAAGCUUUCUCAGAGUCAUCGAAGGAAACGCAGCUUUGGGUUUUUUCAGGUUGGGGCAGCAUGAAGACGUCUCUGGCGUUGGUUUUUUGGACAGCCUCUCUGACCGCGUGGGUCGCCACUGCAGAUGCCAAGGAGUUAUCCAUCACAACAAUAAAGGAAGAACCGUACACCAUGACCAAAGGCUCGGGCCUGGAGGGGUACUGCAUCGACCUGAUCUCAGAGCUCUCCAAGAAGCUGGGCUUCAUGUACAAAGUGCACAUAGUUAAGGACAACCGCUAUGGAGCCAUGGACGCCAGCGGCAACUGGAACGGGAUGAUUGGCGAGCUCGUUAGAAAGGAAGCAGACCUGGCUGUGGCCCCCCUGACUGUCACAGCGGCCAGGGAGCGUCACGUGGACAUGGCGGCGCCCUUCAUCCACACGGGCCUGAGCUUCAUCACACACAAAGCCGGCGACGCCGAGGAGAGCUCCUUCAGCCUGCUGGCGCCCUUCUCCACAGACAUGUGGGCGGGGCUCCUCGUCUCCUUCCUGCUGACAGCUCUCUGCAUUUUCCUGGUGGGCAGGAUCAGUCCAUCUGAAUGGGCCGAGCCACGGACGGACGAGAACAGCUUCACGAUGCUGCACAGCUUCUGGUACAUCAUGGGAUCUCUCACCCUGCAAGGCGCCGGCCCCCACCCCAAAGCCCCGUCAGGGCGGGUGGUCAGUGCCAUCUGGUGGAUUUUCUGCGUUCUGCUUUUGGCCUGCUACUUUGCCAACUUCAGCUCGGUGAUGCAGUCCAAGAGCAGGCAGGUGUCCAUCAACAGCUUCGAGGAGCUCGCCAACCAGGAUGUGAUUGACUACGGCACUCUGGAGUUCGGCUCCACCAUGCUCUUCUUCAAGAACUCCAACAACCCGGUUUACCGGCGGCUCUACCAGCAAAUGGAGCGCAAGAAGAGCUUCGUGUCCAACAUGGAGGAGGGUAUCCGCCGCACCCAGGAGGGGAACUUCGCCUUCAUCGGGGAGGCCGUGUCCUUGGACCUGGCUGUGGCCCGGUACUGUAAGCUGAGCCGUGCUCAGGAGGUGAUCUCCAUGAGGGCGUACAGCAUCGCCGCACCGCUGGGCUCUCCGCUGAUGAAGAACCUGUCCAUAGCCAUCCUGGAGCUCAGCGAGUCUGGAGAGCUGACCCACCUGCGGGAGAAGUGGUGGGCCAGCAAAUGCCUGGGUGAGGAUGAGGCCCACGCCUCGGGGGCCCUGCAGGCCCAUGACCUGCGGGGGCUCUUCAUCCUGCUGGGGCUGGGCCUGGGUGCCGGCCUCCUGCUGGCUCUGCUCGAGCUCUUCUCCAAGGCUCACAGCCGUGCUAAGGACGGCAAGAGAACCUGCUGCUCGGCUCUGACGUCCGAACUGAGCCAGAGGUUUGGCGGCGCCGCUGAGAAGGACGAGGAGGACGGUGACAAGAGCAAGGCCUAGAGGCGGCGUCCCACUCUCACCUCCUCCUCAGAGCCACAGGAGUCUGUUUGUUUCUGCAUCUUUAGAAAGUCUGUCCUCUCAUGGUCUGUCCUCUCAUGGUCUGUCCUCUCAUGGUCUGUCCUCUCAUGGUCUGUCCUUUCUCCUGAAGGAGCAGGAACGUCCUGAACAGCAGAGUUCAGUUCACAAAGUCACACAUUCUGUUCAUAAUCUGGAUUUUCCCUGAAGGUUCACAGAAUUGAAAGGUUUGUUCCUGAGCCAGAAGCAGCGGUUCGGCCCAGAUGUUUGAGCUCUGCUGUCUGGGACCAACUUGAACACUAACUUCUCUUUUUUCAGACUAACUCUGAAACUCAACUGCAAAUGUUUCCUGUGUACUCCACAUAGAUCCUGCAGACGCUCUGCCUUCAAACGUAUUAUGUAGAACCGCUCUGUUCAGGAGGAAACUGGGAGUUGUUCAUGAAAGUUAACAAUAAACACUUUUUAUAUGGAAGAAACAACAGUUCUUCUAGUGGUUCCCCAUCA